AUGGAUCAGAUUCAAUCAGGAUCUUCAUUAACAACUGUUACUACUUUCCCACAACCAAUCACCACUCAAUUUACAAGUUCUUGGACUGUCACUAAUACAGAUGGAUCAGAUGAAUUUGAAUCAGUUAUUGUUAAUCAAUCCGGAUCUUCAUUAACAACUGUUACUACUUUCCCAAAACCAAUCACUACUCAAUUUACAAGUACUUGUACUGUCACUAAUUCAGAUGGAUCAGAUGAAUUUGAAUCAGUUAUUGUUAAUCAAUCCGGAUCUUCAUUAACAACUGUUACUACUUUCCCAAAACCAAUCACUACUCAAUUUACAAGUACUUGUACUGUCACUAAUUCAGAUGGAUCAGAUGAAUUUGAAUCAGUUAUUGUUAUUCAAUCAGGAUCAUCAUUAACAACUGUUACUACUUUCCCACAACCAAUCACCACUCAAUUUACAAGUACUUGGACUGUCACUAAUACAGAUGGAUCAGUUGAAUUUGAAUCAGUCAUUGUUAUUCAAUCAGGAUCAUCAUUAACAACUGUUACUACUUUCCCACAACCAAUCACUACUCAAUUUACAAGUACUUGUACUGUCACUAAUUCAGAUGGAUCAGAUGAAUUUGAAUCAGUUAUUGUUAGUCAAUCAGGAUCAUCAUUAACAACUGUUACUACUUUCCCACAACCAAUCACCACUCAAUUUACAAGUACUUGGACUGUCACUAAUACAGAUGGAUCAGAUGAAUUUGAAUCAGUUAUUGUUAUUCAAUCAGGAUCAUCAUUAACAACUGUUACUACUUUCCCACAACCAAUCACCACUCAAUUUACAAAUGUAUUUGAAUCAGUUAUUGUUAUUCAAUCAGGAUCUUCAUUAACAACUGUUACUACUUUCCCACAACCAAUCACUACUCAAUUUACAAGUACUUGGACCGUCACCAAUUCAGAUGGAUCAGAUGAAUUUGAAUCAGUUAUAGUUAGUCAAUCAGGGUCUUCAUUAACUACUGUUACUACCUUCCCAGCAUCCAUUACUCCAGGAGUUACUACUCAAUAUACAACAACUUGGACUGUAACAAACUCAGAUGGAUCAGUUUAA